AAGCAACUUCUCCCACAGCCAGUGAAUCUAACACACUAGCUAGUUAGCUAGCGUUAUUCGGACAUGCCAUGGUUGUAGCAGCGUAACAGCAGCAUAUGAAUGGGGUUGUGUUGGGCCUCUAGAACGCCUUGCGCCCCGGGGAACUAACGCGUACUAUUUUGUAAUUUUUAGUGAUUAUUUGGCUGCUAACAUAUUCAAAUCACCCUCUUGUCCCAGUUUUCCCUAGGGCUUUAAAGGUAGCCUACAAUCAUCUCCUCGACCGUAACAUAAUGCUAGCCAGAGAUUAGCUAGCUAGCCGCUAGCGGCUACGGAUAGUUGACCUAAAUGGGUUCGGUUAAGAACCCCCCCUUUUCAACAAAGUAUACAACGUGUGUGAUAGUUCGUUUAGAGUAAAACUUCUCAAAAUGGACCUUAAUUUUUACUCUGAGCUGUCCGAUGGUUGUGCUCAAAAUGUUGAUUCGGAGUUUUUGGACACCCAAGCAUAUGGCGGAUACUCCGAGGAAAACAAGUUUACAGAAGGCAGCGACAGUUAUCUCACCAUCAGUGGAGCGGGCCACCCUUUUUUGUCCGCCGAGCAAACAUUCCACACUCCCAGUCUCGGGGAUGAGGUUUUUGAGAUACCCCCUAUCUCCCUUGAUCCAGACCCAACUCUGAGCAUCAGUGAUGGAGUGUCCCACUAUGAGUUGACAGAUGGGUCGGACGGUACCGGGCGACCUUCGGGUUCCCGUAGCCUUGUUAGCAACCUGGUAGUGGAGGCCAAUGACCCUUCCUUUGCUUCCACCUUUGUGAACUCUGGGUCUCAAGGCCUUGAGCAGCUGAACCUUGGGGGCAUGGGCCAGGCUGGAGGGGGAGCCCUGCUCAGCUCCUCUGCUCUGGAACUGGGGAAUUCCAGUGGUUCACAUUUCAGCAGUUCUUCCCCCAUGACCAUUGAUGUCCAACUUGGUGACAUCAGUCAUGGACUUUUGGGAAGCAGCCAGUUGAGCACUAUUAACCCGUCUGAGCUGGCACUGGGUCUUGGGGGUGAUAACAUUGGGCAUCUCUCAGAGACGCAUGAGCAGCCGCUGUCAGCGACACCAUCGCCAGCGGGCUCCCUGCAGGAUGAGGACAUGGACGACUUCAAGAGAAGUGUGUUGGUAGACUCCCCCAUGUAUCUCUCCUCUUCCCUCUCCCACAUGUCCUCCCACCCAGCUCCCACAUCUUUAUUGUCUCCAGCUACGGCCAGGAGGGGUGGGGGGAAGCCAGCCACACUGGCCUCAGUGACUGGGGUGGUGGGCGCUAAGAAAGGACGAAAGAAGAAAGACCCAAAUGAGCCACAGAAGCCGGUUUCAGCGUAUGCGCUGUUUUUCAGAGACACCCAGGCAGCCAUUAAGGGCCAGAAUCCCAAUGCCUCUUUUGGGGAAGUGUCAAAAAUUGUGGCCUCCAUGUGGGACAGCUUGGCUGAGGAACAGAAACAGGUGUAUAAGAGAAAGACAGAAGUAGCCAAAAAGGAGUAUUUGAAAGCACUGGCAGCUUAUAGAGCCAACCAGCUCACACAGCCAGCCACUGAGGAGAUGGAGACUGCUCCAUCACCACCUCCAACGGUGGUCAGUCCCACACCCGCAGCCAUUCCCUUUGCUGGUCCCCAGGCCAUCCGCCCCGCAACCACCAACCUGGAGGAGAACACCAUCACAAACAUUUGCGCCUCCAACAUCAUCCUGGACGUCCCGGAGAGGGCCACGCGUUCCCGCACAGGGGCCAACAAAGUCUCUGCUCCAGCAGUUGCGGUACCUCCGGCCCAGACCAUCACCAAGAUCAUAAUCCCAAAGCACAUGUUGCAGGCGGGGGGCCACUUGGUGACUGUGUUGCCCGGAGGGGUCCGCACUUUGCAGCCCACCCUGGUAGUGUCGGGUGCCUCUCGUCAACCACCUCCGCUGCAACAGAUGCAGAACGCACCACCUCCACCGCGGCUCCAGCAAAUGGCGCCAGCACCUCCACCCUUACAGGCCAAGCCCCGCGAAGGAAGCACCACACUAGGUCUCCCUGUGUCCGUCACGGCUACACCUCCACCUCCGCUCCAGAUUAAAAUAGUUCCUGCGUCCUUGCAGGGCAAAGAGGCCCUGCCAAUUAUUGUCCCUAAUACAGUGGCUGUGUCGUCUACUGCGACUACAUCUGCUCAGUCUGCACCCAUCGUGUCGGUGCAGGUGGUGAAUUCUACAGACAUGUCAGGCAGUACAGACGAUGAUGAAGUUACAGAAGUGCUGCAUUCAGAAGAGGAAGAGAUGGAGGUGAACGGGUCCAGUGAUGCCGCGACAAUGAGGAGUGUGUGUGUGAGGACGGGCUGUAACAACCCAGCCGUAGAGAGUGACGACUGGGACAAAGAAUACUGCAGCAACGAAUGUGUGGCUACUCACUGCAGAGCGAUAUUCAGGGCGUGGUGCUCGAUCAGGAAUCAGACCAUGGUGAAAUAAAGAGCAGCUGCUACCAAUCCCAUCAACAGAAUACUUGUUUUUCCACUAUAAACGGGUGUUAAUAGUCGAAGGACCGAUGCAGAAGUGGUGCAACACAGAAAAAAGUCAAAAAUACAUUUCACCACAGUUCCCACUGUUUUGUACAUGUACAGUAGGUUUGACAGUUGCUGUUCAGGACAAUAAAUGAGUAGGAUUGCUAAAUAACACUAAAGUAGGACAGCAAUUCCGCGUUAGUAAUUUAGCAGACAGACUACUCUAUUAAAAGGUAAGGAUAAUAAUGUCGUGGUAUGUUUGAUUAUGUAUACAGCCCUUAGUCAGACAUCAAAGGACUUUAAGGCAGCUAGAGAAAAGAUCAGAACAAUAAAGUAUCAAAGUUGCUCAAGACUAUGGUAUUCUAUUAGAUUUUCUUUAUUUUUUACUAAAGCCCACACAGGUCAGUACUUGUUUACUGUAAAUUGUUGGAGUCAUUUUCUCAAAACGCUCUGACA